UCCAAUAACAAAAGCCUCCUCCCCGGCUUAAUAAUCUCCAAAGGGGAGGACUUUUAACUAUCUUUCGAGCAAAAAAUCUUUAAUAAAAAUGAACGGAAAGGUAAUUAUCUCAGUUGUUUCUCUUAUCCUCGUCGUUGGUGUUGCCAUCGGCGUUGUUGUCGCUGUUCACAAGAAAGGUGAAGAUCCUGAGAUCCAAAUUCAACAAAGAUCUGUUCAAAUUGUUUGUCAAAAUGCAGAAGAUCAAAAGCUUUGCCAUGACACUCUUAAAUCCGUUAAUGGCCCCGCCUGCGGGGAUCCAAAGGCAUACAUAGCAGCGGUCGUGAAAGCCACCACGGACAGUGUCAUUAAGGCUUUCAACAUGAGUGACAGACUCUCCACCGAGUACGGUAGCAAAGAUAAUGGCGUCAAGAUGGCUCUUGAUGACUGCAAAGAUUUGCUGGAGUUUGCCAUGGACAGUCUUGAAAUGUCCACCAAUUUGGUUCGUGACAACAACAUUCAAGGUGUGCAUUCCCAAACUCCUGAUCUCAGGAACUGGUUGAGUGCAGUUAUCUCUUAUAAACAAAGUUGCAUGGAAGGAUUUGACGAUACAAAAGAUGGUGAGAAGAAGAUCAAGGAUCAGUUUCAAGUACAAUCAUUGGACAACCUACAAAAGAUCACUGGUGUUGCACUUGAUAUCGUGAGUGGUUUGUCCAACAUCCUUCAACAAUUCAACUUGAAGCUUGAUCUUAAACCUGCUUCUCGUCGUCUUCUUGCUGAUGAUAUUGAUGAUGAAGGAUUCCCUUCAUGGUUCUCUGGUUCUGAUCGUAAGCUUUUGGCUUCCAUGCAAGGAAAGGGAUGGAGAACUCGUGUUAAGGCUAAUGUUAUUGUUGCCAAGGAUGGAAGUGGUCAAUUUAAAACCAUUAAGGAUGCUAUUGCUUCUUACCCUAAGGGAAACAAAGGAAGAUAUGUUAUCUACGUUAAGGCCGGUGUUUAUGACGAGUACAUCACCGUCCCCAAGGAUGCCGUUAACAUUCUUAUGUAUGGUGAUGGCCCUCAAAAAACCAUUGUCACCGGUAAAAAGUCGUAUACUUCUGGUUACAAGACCAUGCACUCCGCCACCUUCGCCAACACCGCACCUGGAUUCAUCGGAAAGGCAAUGACAUUCGAGAACACAGCCGGUCCUGAUGGUCACCAAGCCGUUGCUUUUAGAAACCAAGGAGAUGCGACUGCUAUGGUUGGUUGCCAUUUCGUUGGUUAUCAAGAUACAUUGUACGUUCAAUCCAACAGACAAUUCUACCGCAACUGUGUUAUCUCAGGAACCAUCGAUUUCAUCUUCGGAGCAUCACCUGCCUUGAUUCAACACUCCGUGAUCAUCGUGAGGAAGCCUAACAUGAAACAAUUCAACACAGUUACCGCUGACGGAACAGAGCAGCAGAGCAUGAAUACAGGUAUUGUGAUCCAAGAUUGCCAGAUCGUUCCAGAAAAUCAACUUUAUCCAGUGAGAUUCCAAAUCAAAUCUUACUUGGGAAGACCAUGGAAGUAUCUUGCAAGGACAGUUGUGAUGGAAUCCACCAUUGGUGACUUCAUUCAUCCAGAUGGUUGGGUCCCAUGGGACAAUAAGCAGGACUUUGAAAACACAUUGUACUAUGCUGAAUAUGCCAACACUGGACCUGGUGCCGAUGUUAGCAAGAGGAUCAAGUGGAAGGGUUAUCAUGGUGUUAUUAGCAAGGCUGAAGCCACCAAAUUCACUGCGGUUGAGUUUAUGAAAGCCGGACCUAACUCUUCAGCUGCAUGGUUGAAGGCUUCUCAUGUUCCUCACUAUCUUGGCUUCAAAGCUUGAAAAUAUGUCACAUGGCAUACAGACAAAUCAUUAUUCUUUGUAAUUACCUUUCCUAUUUAUUUCUAGGAGAUCCACCAGAAAUACCAAAAAUUGCUCGCAUUAUAGUAAAUAUAUAAAGCUUCAUUUUUUUAA